CUAAAUUCAGUCCCUUUCGUGUUUUUAUUCCUUGUUUCUCGAUUUCUGUUAACCAAGAUCGAAGAGACAAGUGCUGUUCGUGAGAUCAAUCGGCGGGGCCACCGAAAGAGGCCCCAGCCAGCACACAGAGUACAUGCGAAACCCAUCCUGCUUGGACUCGUCGUCCAGUCCGUUCACAGCGGAAAGGUUGAAAAUAGCUGCGAUACGGAGAGUCCUGAAGGAUAUUCUGGAAGGAUGGUAAUUGCAAGCCCAGGAGUGUGUAUAAGUGCAAGGUGGUUGAAGUGA